CAGUGCUGGGACGAGCGACCUGCCCGCAGCAAACAAGAGCCUGCAGAGUAUAAAACCCUGGUGUUACCUCAGUGCGCCGAGGGGCAGCAGCUGUGGAGGAGGAUGGAGGCCACCAUGAACCUCCUGCACGACACAGGCAUCUGGGCAACGCACUGGCUGCAGGAGAACUUCCAAGGCUCCCAGGACUGGUUCCUCUUCAUCUCCUUCGCUGCUGAUCUCAGGAACGCUUUCUUUGUCCUCUUCCCUAUCUGGUUCCACUUCAGCAAGUCAGUGGGCAUCAGGCUCAUCUGGGUGGCCGUGAUCGGUGACUGGCUCAACCUCAUCUUCAAAUGGAUCCUCUUUGGGGAGAGACCGUACUGGUGGGUCCACGAGACAGACUAUUACAGCAAUACCUCUGCACCAGAGAUCCAGCAGUUCCCACUCACCUGUGAGACCGGCCCUGGGAGCCCCUCCGGCCACGCCAUGGGGGCAGCAGGCGUGUACUACGUCAUGGUGACAGCCUUCCUCUCCACUGCCAUGGGGAAGAAGCAGUCGAGGACACUCAAAUACUGGGUGCUGUGGACCGUGCUUUGGACGGGGUUCUGGGCAGUUCAGGUCUGCGUCUGUCUGUCUCGAGUCUUCAUUGCCGCCCACUUCCCCCAUCAAGUCAUCGCAGGGGUCAUAUCAGGGAUGGCCGUGGCCAAGACCUUCCAGCACGUCCGCUGCAUCUACCAUGCCAGCCUCCGCCGGUACGUGGGCGUCACCUUCUUCCUCUUCAGCUUUGCCCUGGGAUUCUACCUGCUGCUGCGGGUGCUCGGCGUGGACCUGCUCUGGACGCUGGAGAAGGCGCAGAAGUGGUGUGCUCAUCCUGAGUGGGUCCACAUCGACACCACUCCCUUCGCCAGCCUCCUCCGUAACCUGGGCAUCCUCUUCGGGCUGGGGCUGGCCCUCAACUCCCACAUGUACCUGGACAGCUGCCGGAGGAAGCAGGGCUGGCCACUGCCCUUACGCCUGGGCUGUGUCGGCGCCUCUCUCCUCGUCCUACACCUCUUCGAUGCCUUCAAGCCGCCCUCCCACAUGCAGCUGCUCUUCUACAUCCUCUCCUUCUGCAAGAGCGCGGCUGUGCCGCUGGCCACUGUCGGCCUCGUCCCUUACUGCGUCUCCCAGCUCCUGGCCACGCAGAACAAGAAGGCUGUCUAGGGGUGUCCCUGCAGGUAAUGGCCACCCCAGCUCUGGGCGUGGGAGCAGUCACUGGACUGUGGGUGCACCCCAGCCACUGUUUGCUCCCCACUAAAUCCGCGUGGCCUGACUCCACACCGGGAGCAGACUGCACAGGCUGGGCUGCCGGAUGGCUCCCGUGGCACAGACCCACAGUGCCACUUGUGCUGCAGGCUUGGGCAGUCUGUGGCUAGCCCCGUGCUCCCAGGGCUCCUGCUGCCCUUCCCGCACCCACGGGUGGGGGUCACCAGCCCAGGACCUGGCAGCUGCAGGGGGGAAGGCUCUGUGCUCCCCUGCAGCUCAUGGGAACGUGCCGCCUCCAUGCUGCAGGACGGGGGAUGGCACCACCAGGAGCAGGGUGCUCACCCAUGGGUGCUCAGGGUCUGCUGGCACAGCAGC